CGCCUGUAAAUCUUUACGGGGGCAAAUUGACACACAUUUAAGGGGACCUUAAAAAAUAAAUAUUCGCGACACAGUACUUGCGCAGGAAUUUAAUAUUUUGAGGAGGCAAUUAGCUAUAAGACAAUCAUGGCUUCCCAAUUCCCUACUAAGAAAUGCGGUGUCCUAGGCUGCACAGGUUCCGUAGGCCAGCGAUUCAUCCUCCUCCUGUCGCAACAUCCACACUUUGUCCUUCACGCCGUAGGAGCCUCAUCUAGAUCAGCCGGCAAAAAGUAUAAGGAUGCUGUCCGGUGGAAGCAAGCCUCUCCCAUGGGCGCCGUUGGCGAAUUAGUUGUGCGCGAGUGCAAAGCUAGCGAGUUUGCAGAUUGCGAUGUAGUCUUCAGCGGUUUGGACUCAGACGUUGCUGGUGAAAUCGAAAUGGAAUUCCUCAAAGCCAACCUCGCCGUAUUCUCCAACGCCAAAAACUACCGCCGCGACCCUCUCGUUCCCCUCGUCGUACCCACGGUUAACUUACCACACCUGGACCUAAUCCUACACCAACGCCAACACCAUGGCCUCGAGAAGGGAUUUCUUGUUUGCAACUCGAACUGCGCAGUCAUCGGUCUCGUAAUCCCCUUCGCAGCACUCCAAGCCCGCUUCGGCCCCGUCGACGCCGUCAGCGUCGUAACCAUGCAAGCCGUCUCCGGCGCAGGGUACCCGGGCGUGAGUAGUAUGGAUAUAAUGGACAACGUAGUCCCCUUCAUCUCCGGCGAAGAAGACAAACUCGAGACCGAGGCGCGUAAGAUCCUAGGCGGUGUUAACGACGGGAAAACCGCGUUCGUCGAACAAGAAGGGCUGAAAGUGUCCGCAGCUUGUAACCGAGUACCGGUACUUGAUGGACACACAGCUUGUGUUUCGCUGAGAUUCGCGAAGAGACCGUCGCCUCCGGCGGAGGAGGUUAGGAAGGCGCUUAGGGAGUAUGUUAGUGAGGCGGAGAAACUGGGGUGUCCGAGUGCGCCGAGGCCGAGUAUUCAGGUUUUUGAUGAGCCGGAUCGUCCGCAGCCUAGGUUGGAUCGUGAUUUGGGAAGGGGUUAUACGGUUAGUGUGGGACGUGUGCGGGAGGAUGAGAGUGGGAUUUUUGAUAUUAAGUUUGUUGCGCUGAGCCAUAACACUGUUAUUGGAGCUGCUGGCUCGUCGAUAUUGAACGCUGAGGCGGCGGUGCUUAAGGGGUUUAUCUGAGAAAGAGUAGGUAGGGAGCAAGCUUGCAUCUUGCAUCUACAGGCGUUUGGUGGACUAGUUCAUUUGCAUGGGAAGACAAAAAGGAGACAAGCAUUUGUAGAUAUCGUGGUAAAGAUGAUAACCGUGGAAAUGAAAAGUGAUUUAUUCUUCGACGAGAAAGUGUAGUUGUGCGAUGGUGAUAUGUGUUAAAAGAUAUUCCCUACGAGCCAGAGUUUCAGGGCUAUAAUAGUCUUCCUAGGUGCAAAAACUGGUAAAACCUAUUGCUUGAUUCUGAAUGGAGGCAAUAUGUUUUGCAACUAAAAUUAUUCUGAUGUAUUUGCAAGGAAUUGAUUAUUUUAUGUUAUUAGAGAUAGUCCUUUGUUCCUUUGUUCGAAUAGGUAUAAUUUAACAAAAUGCAGAAGCGACGUCCGUAUAUAAACUGAGGAGCUAUUAUUCGAACUUUAUUCUCACCAAAUCAUCUUCACUAUAGCUUUAGUGGAUGGCGCACUAAAUUUUGGCGUUGUUCGAAUUCGGCGGGGCAGUGUAUAGUAUAUAGAGCCCUAUAAGCAGCCAACUUUUCAUCACCUCGUCAGCCAAUGACAAGCCAUCAUCCACUUAGCUGAGCACAGCUAACU